GCGGGCGAAACCCGCCCUCCCCACCGGCAUCCGUCCGCCUCCCUGUCUCGCGCCCCGGUUCCGCCAUGGAAUCCAAUAAAGAUGAAGCCGAGCGCUGUAUCACCAUCGCCCUUAGCGCCAUCAAGAGCCGCCAGCCCGAACGAGCAUUGCGCUUCCUGGAGAAGGCACAGCGGCUUUACCCGACGCCGAGGGUGCGCGCAUUGAUCGACUCUCUCACCCAGAAUGGACAGACCUCUCAUGGCCAGUCCAGGCCAAAAGACACAGCCAAUUCUCACCGGAAAACAGGUGGGGGAGAGACCCCUUCUGCCAAUGGUGAGGCUGGUGGAGAAGGCACGAAAGGCUACACACAGGACCAGAUGGAAGCUGUGAAAAGGGUGAAGCAGUGCAAGGACUACUACGAGAUCCUGGGCGUGAGCAGAGACGCCUCCGAGGAGGACCUGAAGAAGGCCUACCGCAAGCUGGCCCUCCGAUUCCACCCCGACAAGAACCACGCGCCGGGCGCCACGGAGGCCUUCAAAGCCAUUGGCACCGCCUAUGCCGUGCUCAGCAACUCAGAAAAGAGGAGGCAGUACGACCAGUUCGGGGACGAGAAGAGCCCGGCUGCCCGCCAGGGCCAGGGCCACGGCGACUUCCACCGGGGCUUCGAGGCGGACAUCUCCCCCGAGGACCUCUUCAACAUGUUCUUUGGCGGCGGCUUCCCUUCCAGUAACAUCCACGUGUACAGCAACGGGCGCAUGCGCUACACCUACCACCAGAGGCCCGACCGCCGCGACAACCAGGGGGACGGUGGCCUGGGGCUCUUCGUCCAGCUGAUGCCCAUCCUCAUCCUGAUCAUCGUGUCAGCACUCAGCCAGAUGAUGGUCUCCAGCCCACCCUACAGUCUCAGCCAAAGGCCGUCGGUGGGCCACAUCCACAGGCGGACGACGGAGCACCUCAAAGUGACCUACUACGUAGCGGACAACUUCGGGGAGGAGUUCACCGGCUCCAGCCUAAAGACGGUGGAGCGGAACGUGGAAGACGACUACAUAGCCAACCUCCGGAAUAACUGCUGGAAGGAGAAGCAGCAGAAAGAGAGUUUAUUCUACCGGGCCCGCUACUUUGGGGAUACGAGCCUGUACCACAAAGCCCAGAGGAUGAGCACCCCGAGCUGUAACAGACUGUCCGAGAUACAGGCCUCUCUGCAUGGAUAGUGGACGCCAGACCGCCCUGCUGAGGCCAAACCAUGAACUACCUGGAGAAUUUUCGGUGAAGUGCACUGAGCCACGGGACGGAGCCAACCCCUACGUUAAAGCUCUAAAGCGGACUUGGAGGCUGCGCCAUGCACAGCUGCCCUCUCUCUCACCCAAUAAACACAGAAAGCUCUUAGGACAGGCAAGCCCAGCACUGAGCUUCUCUCUUCUUCCCACCACGGACCAGCUUCGGCCUCGCUUCUCUCCUAGGAAACGGCAGCCAUGGCGACCCGAGGAGGAUGUCAAACUUGCAGCAGAUGGGGGAGGGGGCAGGCAGGGAGGCAGGAGGUGCCCCGGCCCAGCCGAGCCCCCCGGCCGCCUCGCCCUGGAAGCCUUCCGAUCCGGACCUACCUAGAGAGGAGGAAGAUGGGAAAAAUAUAGGAUUUAAUUUAUAGUUGUGCGUGUGUGUUUGUGUGUGUGUGUGUAUAUAUGCAUAGAUAGAUCAUGGCGUAAUCCUUAGACUAUGCAGGGAGCCGGGGCGGGCUGCGCUCCCCUCCGGGUCAGAGGCAGGCCGGCCGCAGCGAAGUUCCGCUCGUUGGCCUUCCCAUGAUUUUCCCCCUGGAUGAAGGAUUUUUGUCUGGUUUCUGCUUGGUGAUUUCUAAGAGGAAGCGAAUCAUGACAGAACGGAACUCUAGAACCCUGGUUAGGGGGCCUGUGCGGGAAACGAGGAGGACAGACAUGGGCCACUGAUCGAGUCAGCCGUGAGCGUGACUUGUCAGAACCCUGAGGUUGGGCCCCCCAUCCUGAGCUCAUCAGUAUUUCAGUGUCGGAGACGGUCAAGCCUGCCACGACUGACCGUGGCCAUCGGCUUCCCUGUGCUGACCUUGAACUCGCCCCCAUGCUGCUCCUCAGGGGUCCCCCUUCCCUCCAUAGCCUGUACCACAAGAAAUGCAGUUUGGCCCCCUGUCCGGGGGGCAUCUACUAACUGGAGCCUGGUAAGGAGGACCUGGCCAAGCCUGAAUGCACUAAAAGAGGGAAGCCGGGCCGUCCCUCUCCUCCUGCGGCCUCCCAGGGGCCCUUAAGGCACAGCUCCCUGGCCUCCAGGGUCCCAAGGCCUGCUCCUGGGCACCCCGUGCCAGCCCCCAGGGGCCUGGGCAGAGCAGCCGGCGCUCACACUGACCUGGGACCGCGUCCAAGCAAAGCAACCUUCCCAAGGAUGUAGGACCUGCUGGGUCUCCUCUUCCUUCCACUUUGGACUAAGGAUAUUCUGCUGAAUCAGAAUGGCUUUCUUAUCUUCACUUGAUGAAGGAGGAUUUUUCUCAAAACAGCUGUUGCUGCCAGGGGGAGGGAGGGAGGUUUUAUUUAUUCCCAAAGUUUAUGCCCAGCCUUUGAAAUCAGCCAGUUGCCCUGGAAAUGGGUCUUCCUUUGGCCAAGGGUCUCUGAGCCCAGUUACUCCUAAGCCUUACUUCUCCUUUGCUGCCAGGAGCUGAUCCUCUCCUUGAGUUUUGUUUGGCCUUUUUCUUCACUCAAAAUAAAUAAAUAAAUGAAUAUAUAACUCAGGGGGAAGGAGGGGUCCAGAGGGAACUCUACCAGCUGUUCUAAGGAUGCCUCUUUGCCCUCAGCACCAACCCUCCCCCCAGAGAUCUCAGUGGAAGGUGACUCGGGCGGCCUCGGGCCACAGAAUGUACCCAUGUUAGUGAAGCGAGAUGCCCCCUUUUCCCCCCAUGACUCCUCUUGAGUCCAUCUCUAGGGAUGGUAGAAGCGCUGUGCUACCAAGCUUAGAUCCAGAGGCUGGACUAGAAUUAUGGAAUGUACAUCUAUAAAUAAAUGUUUAUAAUGGGAGAGACCAAA